GCAACACGAGCAUAGAAAGGGAAGCAGUGGCAUCGUCUAACCCUCCGUCUGUAGCGUGAUGUAAUCAUCUCUGCAACUUUGCUCGAGUUCAUGGAUUCAGAUCAAGAAGCUGAAGUCUUGUCAGAAGACCCUUUGGUUGCAGAGGAAGAAGAGGAGAAAGAGGAAGAGGAUGCAAAGAUCUUCAAUGCCUGGAUGCAGCGCUACAGUAGAGAGCGGGAGAAAGAACAGGAAGAGGAAGUGAAGGAGGAGGCGGAAGAGAGAAGAGCUGAAAGUCUGCAAACGAGGCGACGGUCAUCAUUGCCAUGUUCGACGACUCUCUCGACCAUGCAGCUGGCCGGUCUCCAUUCUUGCACCCAGGCACCUGAGACCGCCAAGACUCUGUUGCGGCGAUCCUCCUCUCGCCGCCUCCUGCCAUCGCAACAGGACGUUGUUUCCACAGCGCCUGUUGCUGAGCGAAGGCCUUCUCUCAUCCCUACAAUCCCAGAGGGCUUUAUGCCUGACAGAAAGAGUCAGUUUAGGAGACGCAACGCCAGGUCUUUGAGUGACGCAGACAGCAUGUGUCAGAUAUGCCACAAUGACCUGAAUGGAGGAUCCGGUGGCCUCACAGAGUUGCAGUGCACACACACAUUCCACCGAGAGUGCAUACAGGAAUGGCUGUGGAAGAAACAGUCAUGUCCCACAUGUCACGCCCGAGUCUUCACGCCACAGCAGGCUGACAAUUGGAGCUCCACCAAGGUCUUGGUGCCUUGAGACCCUUGAGAACACCCUCCAACAAAGACCCAAGCAUAAAAGUGAUAAACGCCACACCCUGUGAUCAUUAUGGGAUAGAGAAAAUCCAACACCACACUGGGUGGCUGUGUUGGUAAAUG